UGCCAGUACUUGGUAACUCAAAUUCACGGACGAUGGCUAGGAAUCGCCAGAAAACGCAGACUACGCCUGCGCAGAAGCCUUUACUCGAGAUAUCCGAAGACGAGCAGUGGCGCUUGAUACAAGAAGCCGGUGUUCUCAGGAAGAUAACUGAAUCUGACAUACAAAAACCUGGGGAGACUGCAGGCAAUGUCGAACCACUCCCACUUGCGGAGGAGAUCUUCAACGCGGUCGUGUUCAUUAUGCCGUUUACCUUCUUUCUAAUCAUGAUGGACAUCCUCAUACAUCAACAGUACGCACUGCAGCCAACCGUUGGCGAGGUUGCCCGGCGGCUCCUCACAAACUUCCCUAUUUUGUCGAUAUUUGUGUUCUACACCACGCGACACAAGGCUAACCCUCGCACACAAUUCGCUAUGUUCAUACUCUCCCUCGGCGUGGGGCCCCGAAUGAUAUGGCUCAUCAAUCGUGGAUCAUGGCUCGUCAAUAUGCGACAGUGUCCGCAAUUCGCAACAAUAUGGCUGUAUACAGUUGUACAGUUGAACUUGAAUUGGGCCGUUCUUAGCUUAGUGAUGAUAGGAGCUUGGACAUGGUUCACAGGAAUGAAACUCGGUCUGUGAUUCUGUUUCACAUUGACGGACCGCACGAACCAUAGUAAUCGCGCGAAAGGACAGUUAUUUACUAGCAUUGGAUAGAUAGAUUGCAUUAGCUCAACAUGAUAAAUAUUUCACUGAUAAUG